GAGGGAGUUACGUCAUUGAGAACAAAUCAAUCCCCCUUUCCAGGGCAAUGGGCAGUGAGCAUUCAGGAUAUGAAUGGUGGAAAAUCUCUUUUUUUAAAACAAAAAAUAUUAUCAUGGAGAGUUUUCUCCUAAGUUUGAAACCUAUAUACCCCACUACCUACAAGGAAUCUUGUCUUGGAUUUCCCAUAUGCACCUGAGAGCCGAAUCACAUGUUGUCUCUCUCCUGCUUAAGACUUCUCAGUAGGUUUCCCAUGACCUACAGAAUUAAGUUGAAACUCGUAUGCUUGGCAUAUGAGGCCUGUUGUGAUCUGGCCCCAGGGUGAGUUUCUGGCAACUUUCACCAUUCCCUUCCUUUUUGUAAUGCUGAAUCACGAAGAAUUCUCUCACAUACCUUGGCAUCUCUAUGCUUUGGCUGGCUCUUUACAUGGAACUCCCUUCCACCUUUUGUUACCUGGAAAAAUCUUAUUUCCCCAGGACUCUGCUUGGGCAUCCCCUGUAGGAAGAAAUCCUUCACUAAACCCCCAAUUGUCCUAAAUGCCUUUUGUCCAUUCUCUCAUAGCACCCUAUGAGUUUCUCUAUUUUUUAUGACUUUACAUUUUAUAGUUAAAUGAUCUGUUUAUUUGUCUGUCUCUCCCACUAAAAAUCUAAGCUGAGAGAGGCUAUAUCAGAUCAUAGUUAUAUUAGUAUCCCUAGUGCUUAGAUCAAUACUUGGCAUAUGAUAUUUGAAAGCUUUCUAUCUAAAUGAGCUGGCCCGACUUGCAUAUGGUUGGUUAUGUUCUGAGGCCCUGUCACUGAACUUGGUCUUUUAUCUCAGAAGUUGAAGGUCCCCCUAGAGCCACCUGCAAAGUUCCCAGAACACUAAUAACAUCACAGCCAAUUAACUACAGAGUGGCUGCCCUGAGUCCCAAACACAAAGUCCAAGGCUUGAAGAAAGGAGCAGGAGAACAUGGAAGCUACCCAGUCCACAUGUCUGUUUCUCUUCUUUCUCCUCACACGUGGGCUGCCUCCAGAAGUUGCUGCAGACGUUCAGGAAUCCUCAGAUGGCCCCAGUGCUGCUCAAGAGCCCGUGUGGCUCACAGAUGUCCCAGCUGCUGUGGAAUUCAUUGCUGCUGCUGAAGUAGCCGUCAUAGGCUUCUUUCAGGAUUUGGAAAUACCAGCAGUGUCUCUAUUUCACAGCAUGGUACAGAAAUUCCAAGAUGUGUCCUUUGGAGUCAGCACCAGUUCUGAGGUUCUGAUUCACUACAACAUCUCCGGCAACACCAUUUCCCUCUUUCGUCUGGUGGAUAAUGAACAACUGAAUUUAGCAAGCGAAGAUAUUGAAAGCAUUGAUGACAUCAAAUUAAGCCGUUUCAUUGAGAUCAACAACCUCCACUUGGUGACAGAGUACAACCCUCUGUCUGUGGUUGGCCUAUUCAACAGCUUGAUUCCGAUUCAUCUUCUCCUGAUAAUUAACAAGGCCUCCCCAGGGUAUGAAGAGAACAUGCACAGAUACCAGAAGGCAGCUAAGCUCUUCCAGGGGAAGAUUCUUUUUAUUCUGGUGGACAGUAGUGUGAAGGGAAAUGGGAAACUGAUAUCAUUUUUCAAACUUAAGAAGUCUCAGUUGCCAGCCUUGGCGAUUUACCAGACUGUGGACGAUAAGUGGGAUACAUUGCCCAUAACAGAGGUCUCAGAGGCGCAAGUGCAAAACUUCUGUGAUGGAUUCCUACGGGGGGAACGAUUGAGAGAAAAUGAUGAAUCGGGAGAAAAGGCUCAAAAGGUGGAACUCUGAUUUCUCCAUGACACUUCUGCAUACUACCAAAUAUCUACUUUAUGCUGAAUACAAACGGGCAACUCAAACCUCAAAGACACUAAACAGGAUCAUCAGGCCUUCCAACCACACACACACAUACGCUCACACACACACACGCACACACACACUCACAUGCAUGCACACACACUUGUACACACAUACACACUCACAUGCACACACACACGCACACACACCCUGCCCCAUUUUAUUCCUUAUAAUCUCAUUUGCGCGCUUUCCUUCUCCUUUUGUUUUUUUAUUUUCUUUAUCUCUCACUAUCUACCCAAUUUUCUUAUAAGCGUUCCUACUGUGUAGUUUCAUCUGUAAUAUCACUGGAUGGAGGCUUUCAGAUAAAUACUGUGAUACCUACAAAGGAGACACAUUUUUAGAGAGAGAUUGUGCUGGCUUGUCAUUUAACACCGAAUUUGUACCCUUUGUGACUUACACACAACACAGUCUCUGCUCUUUUGGGGUGACUGAAGGGUUGAAGCUCUACCUUACCUCACAAGCAUAGAUGCCCUCUCUGACUCAGGACCAAGAACAAAAGAAUGGUUUUAAACAGCAUUUGGGAAUUAAGUCUUUUUUGCCAGAAGUUAAAUGAGGUUUCCAAGACUCUGAACUCAGCAGAAACAGACCAUGUACAAAUUCCAUGCUUAUUUAGCAUUCCCAACUCCCUGUGUAAAUCAACAGCUCGUAUAAUAAAUA